UCUUCAAAAACGACAUGAAACUUCUGAGCUCAACAAUCUUGGGGAGUCCCAACUUGGGGGACACUUCUGUUGAAGAGACCCCACUUGUUAAAUCUCUCGAUAUGCCAGCAGGUCGCGUUUCAUCUUUGAACAUCACCAUGAAACACAUAGUUCCAUUCAUCAAAGAAAUUCUCCCAAUUUUGAAGUCUUCUGAACACUAUGCACCUUACACACCGGAGAUUUUGAAGGCAUUGAUGAUUUUCGAGUUUGGCAUCGUCAAAUAUUAUUGCGAUGACUUUGCACUGAAUAUUAUAAAAUCCUCCGGGAAACAUGUACAGUACUUCCGAGAAAAGCACGCCGAGCCGAGAAAACGGAAGAUGACUAAUAAUGUUUCAUGCGAGUACCCCGUAUACCUGCAAUAUGACAGAGAGAAAAAAGGAUAUCUUUGUGACAAAUGUUCGUUCAUCGGCCAGUCGUUGCCAAGGUUGAACCUUCACUUCUAUUUCGAGCAUGCCAAGAAUCAAGUCGGAGAUAUCAGUGAGAAAACAAAGAAGAUGAAGCUUGACCAUGAUCAACCAUCGGAGCAAUCAACUGAUCAAGGAACCAACAAUGCUGCGGAAAUGGAAGAUGGCUGGCUUCUCGUAUAACUUUUAUCAAUACAUAUGUUCCUAAUCCUCCAUUACCUCGCCACUUACCAUGUAAACACAUCUACUCUGAAUAUUGCAAAAUUAACCACUGUCUCCUUAACUUUGAAUAAAUCUGUACAACUU